AGAAAAGGGUGUAAUGGGCUGUUUCUGUUUUGGAGGCCACCAUCAAAGAGCAGAUUCAUCAAUGAACCAGCCAGUAAUUCACAUGCAGCCUAUUGCUGUGCCAGCCAUUCCAGUGGAUGAAUUGAAAGAUAUAACCCAUAACUUUAGUUAUUCAAAGGUAUUAAUCGGCGAGGGUUCAUAUGAUGACCAAGUGUUUUACGGUGUUCUUAAAAGCGGUAAAGAAGCUGCCAUCAAGAAACUUUACCCUACUAAGCAUUCAGAUCAAGAAUUUCUUUCUCAGGUAUCAAUGGUUUCAAGAGUGCAACACGAGAAUGUUGUUGCACUUAUGGGUUAUUGUGUUGAUGGCCCUCUCCGUGUUCUUGCUUAUGAAUAUGCUCCUAAAGGAUCUCUUCAUGAUGUUCUUCACGGUCAAAAUGGUGUCACAGGAGCACUACAAGGUCCUGUUUUGACGUGGCAACAAAGAGUCAAAAUCGCUGUUGGUGUAGCCAGAGGACUUGAGUACUUGCAUAAGAAGGUGAACCCUCAGGCAAGCCCUAAACUAAGCGAAGACAAAGUGAAGCAAUGCGUUGAUGCAAGACUACUUGGAGAGUACCCUCUCAAAGCUGUUGCCAAGCUAGCCGCGGUGGCUGCACUCUGUGUGCAGUAUGAUCCAGAUUUGAGACCAGACAUAAGCAUUGUGGUGAAGACACUUCAACCUCUUUUAAACCCUCCUUGUUAUUCUCCUUAGACUCCAGUCUCCACAUAGGAAUUCCCCUAUUGAUCAACUGUUAUAACCCAUCUCAUCUACUUCAUGAUGAUUAAUCAAUGUGUAUUGUUCAU